CAUUUAUAUAUACACAAAUAUAUUAAAAAAAAAAAGAAACCUUCCUUCCCUUCUUAUAUAUUUUAUUUUUGUUCAUACAUUUUUUUUUUAAUAUAAAAUAAUGGCAACAAGAAAGCCUUCAAUUCAACCUCGACCUACAAAGGCAUCCUUGUUACGAUUACAAAAACAACAAAAGACAGAAGAAACAUCUAGAAAUGAAGAAGAGAAUAGACCAUCGAGUCGUGUUCAACAGUCAACCAGGAAAAAUAGCGUGGGCCCCUCCGAGGGUGUUAAGGCUUUUAUGGCACAACAAAGGGCUCGUAUGGCAAAGAAAGUAAACUUAACACCAUUGACAACCAAGAAUGACAAAAGUCCUUCACAUAUAAUGACAGGGGCACAAUGCUAUAGCCACCAACAAGAAGUAGAUGACAAACCAACUUGUCCAAGAAAAAUUCAAGUCCUCAUAAAGCAAGCGAAAUCAACAGGGAAAUUGGAUAUUUCAAAUCGAGGAUUAACAAAGAUACCUGAAGAAGUAUUGAACAUGUACCAUUCAGAACCUAUUUCAGUCAUUGACUUUUCCUCUUUGGGCAAUGCUUGGUAUGAUGAAGUUGAUCUAAUAAAACUGGUUGCAAGUAGUAAUGCCAUUGAAGAAAUAGAUGAACGUUUGACGAAUGAAUUUGGUGCCUUAAAACGAAUUGAUUUUAGUGAUAAUAGAUUAAAAUGUCUACCUAAAUCCUUGAGUCAACUAGAAAACCUUACAUCACUAUGGAUGCCUUAUAACCAAUUUGAAGAAAUACCUAGCGUUCUUUAUGAGCUGAAGCAAUUAAAAGAACUUAAUCUUUCCCAUAAUCAAAUUAAAGGGGAAAUAGUGUUGGACUCUAAAUGGGAAUUUGUAGAUUUAAGUUUCAAUGAAAUUAAUCAGUUUGUAGUGAAUACCCAAGAUAACAUGCAGCUAGUAAAGUUGAAUAUCAGCCAUAAUCAUCUUAUGACUUUAACUUCGUUUGAAAGAUGGCCAAAAUUACAAGAGCUUCAAUUAAAUCAAAAUAACUUGAGAAUGCUCUUUCCAGAUCCAGAAAGAAAAGUUGUUUUGCCUCAAUUGGUUCGCUUAGAUGUUGGCAGCAAUCUCAUCACUGCCCUGACAAAGAAUUAUAGGAUGCCUAAAUUAAUUGAACUUUCCUUAUCCACUAAUAAGCUUCAUGACGAAACAGAACUAGUAGAAUUUUUAAAGGGGACGCCUAUGCUACAGACAUUGGAUAUAUCAUCGAAUGAAUUUGAAAAUAUAUCUGGACUUGGUCAAAUGGAGUAUUUACAACGUUUAGAUGUUAGAGGUAAUCAAUUACAUACGUUGCCUUAUGACUUGGGUCAAUUAGAGCACCUAAACGUUCUUUUGUGUGAUGGGAAUCCAAUGCGAACUUAUAUUUCAAUGAGUCAAACUCAAUUAAUCGACUCAUUGAAAAACAGCUAUCGACAACAGCAAGAUACAGAAAGAGAGAGAGACGAGGAGGGAUCAGGUCCGUCGGCUAUUCUCAGUCAAAUCAGACAAGAUGAUGACAAAAUGGAAAAUGAAGACAGCAGUUCUGUUAUAGUCGAGUUAAAUCAUAGCCUUUCACAACUUGUUUUGAAUAGCAAAAGAAAACUCAAUUUAUCAAACAAACAGCUAUCAGAGUUACCAACUAAAAUACUUACAUCUCCAUCUAAUAAUGAUAUACCAGGGACCAUUCUUUUAGAUCAUAAUGCAUUCAAUGUAUUCCCUUCAAGUUUAAACCUGAUAUCUAACUUUAUUGUUCAUAUUGAUUUGGAAUACAACCGUAUUAUGUCUUUUAAUUUUAGUAUUCAAGGCACUACCUACCCUCACCUCAAGACACUCAACUUGGCCAACAAUCGUUUAAAGACAAUUGAGUGUUCUGUUGAAAGUUCGUUCCCAAAAUUGGAAGAAUUAAUAUUAAAUCAUAACUUGAUCACGGCUUUACCUGAAGACCUUCUUUCUAAAGCAUUACCCUCACUCAAGAAACUCUUGAUGAGUUCAAAUAGAUUGAGUAAUAUCACUGAGCGAUGUUUUAAGCAAGGACUAGAGGUAUUAGAUUUGAGUAAUAAUGAUAUUGGCUUUUUGCCACCUGGAUUAAGUCAAAUUGAAUCACUUCAGGAACUUGUUGUCUUUGGAAACAGGUUUAGAGUGCCUCGUCCUGAUAUAGUUGCUCAAGGUACUGAAGCUAUUUUAGAAUUCCUUAAAAGACGUUAUAUGGCUAUUAGUCAGCAACAAUAAAAAUAAAUACAC